CUUCCUCAAUUAAAUUACUUUAACACUUUUUUUGGCUUAAUUACUAUGCAGCUCAAGUCUGUUUUCCUCCAGGCACUUUUCGUCAGCUUGGCAAUUUUUUCCUUUGCUAAGCUGCUACUAUUGACUGGGAUAGUCAAUAGUGUUAAAAGAGUUUGGCCGGUUCUCCGUAUAAAUAUGUUUACUAAUAUGCAAGCUAUCAAAACCUAUGCUGGCAAUGAAGCAUUUACAAAAGUAAUUAAUUUACUUGGCGGACCUUAUUUGCCUAUUUUGCCUAACCUCGUUAUUUUUAACAAAGUUAUUGCAAUUACCGGAACUGAUUAUAUGAAGUUAAUCAUUUCCUACCAUGUUGUUGUUGCUGCAGAUAGUAAUAAGUGCAAUCCUUAUUUCUCAGAAGUUGGUUCAGCAGAUAUUAACACCAUGACUGAAAGCUCGGCCGAGACCGAGAGUUUGACUGAGACUGAGAGCUCGACCAAAACCAAGACUGAAGAUACCUUAAAUAUUUACUCUGAGACCAGUUCUGACCCACUGCGCGUGUACACUAGUUCUGUGUAAACCUAGCAUAC